AUGGCCACCACUAUCUCUCCUUCGGCAGCGGCCCGCCCUACCAACAUCAAAGAUGCGCUCGAAGUCUUGCUGCUGUGCUUCGAAGCCGCAGCAGACGCCUUGCCUCCCUUCCCCCUCGCAUAUGCCAUGGCCGUUGCGCCUGAGGCCACUCCGACGAACAUCCCCAGCCUCGUCAUCUGGCAGAUCGAGGACCUGAAAACAAAGCCUCCAUCCUAUUCCGACUUUGGGUCACUCUGCGCCUCCUUCCCGCCACAGAGUCUGCCCGCGGCCCUCGCACGCUGGAACAUGUGCGACUACUUCGCAAUCCUCCUGAUUGACGAGGUGAGGAAGAAGAUGGAUGAGUACUUUGGUGCUGAGGUCGACUGGUGGCAGAUUGUCCCCAGACCUGAGCUUGGCCUGUUUACCUGCAACGAAGAGAAGUUUUUGCCGCGGGGCCAUUCUGUCUUGGUUAUCACAGAGGCCAACGGCGUGGUCAGCGUCAUGGAUGGAACGCCAGAGCAAUUCCAUUGGGACCGCUCUACCUGGCUUCUCCUUGGGAAUGAUUUCCAGGCACGCAUCGGGGGAAUAUGGGGCAUCAAUUCGGAAGCUCACAUGCGCCAGUGUGAGGACAGUCUCGGGCUCUUCCCGAAAGGUCACUGGAGCGUGGCGCGAAAGCGCAUGAACGUACUUUUUGGCGAGCUCGACUGGAGCCUUCUUUUUUUGUUGUCGAGCGAGGAUCGUACGGCCUCGGUAAAGGCACAAGCUCAGUUGGCCUUCGCUGGCAUGCACAGGAUUGAAGAGACAUUGGAGUAG